CUUUGGGCGUGGAGAAAGACUUCUAACUUAAGCAAGAAGGCAAAUUUACACUGCUGAUUUUUAUAUACGAACCAAGUCUCGAUAUAAAUUUACUCUCCCGGAGUCUCAUGGGAUUUCGAGGCUUCCGAAACGCCAGAUCCCAAACAGAGAUGUGAUGCACAUGGCAACUUCAGCAACGUGAGCCCCUUCUUUUUUGUUGGCCAUAGGUCCAGCUGCCCCAAGAAGAAUGAUAACAGUGAUGACAGUAACAAAGAAAAGAGCACCAUCUACAGGAAAUUCAUCAACAGAAAAUCUAAGUGACAGUACUAUCUACACUGUCUGAAUGACAGGUGAUCCUGGGAUCAGGAUUAGGGCCACCAUAAGAACACCACAGCAUUGAGAGGCUUUCCAGGAGCAGCGAAUAAGCGUGCGUGCCUGCAUUUGUGUGUGUUCAGGGUGGCCACAGUGUUCUGGGAUCUUGCUCCCUCCGCCUCCCAGAGAGAGAGAGAGAGAGAGAGAGAGAGAGAGAUGCAGAGAGGAGCAGGGAGGAGAGACAGAACAGAAGAGAGCUGUCAAGAAGCGAGGAGGCAGCGGAGAGACGACUUUUUUCUUGGAAUAUAUUUUCCCCUCCAUCUCUGAAGCCCACAACACAUAAAAAAAAAAAUAUAAACACACAAACAUACAGAUGGUAAUGUGUUCGUGAGCGCUGCUGUUACGCUCUUACAAAGGAGUGGUGAAUUAUUUUCAGGAUCUGGACUUAUGCAAGCCUGACUCACUUGGACUGUAAGAGUGUUUGGAUUCAGCAUCUUUGUGACUCAAAUCGGAUUCAAAUUGUGUUUUUAACAGUACAACACUUUCGACUAAGAGUGUGUAUCCCUGUGUGUGUGAGCGUGUGUGGGAGCACUUCACCUGAAUGCAACACUGAGAUUUUGACUGAAACUGUGUUGGCACUUGUUAGUUGCCUGGAUUCAGCAGAUUUGAACUCACACUCAGACUCAGUGUGUGUUUGUGUGUGAUAAGGUGGAGGAUGUGUUGGCUGGUGACAGCGGCCCUGCUAGCCCACCUCUGGGCCACCUUAACGGGGGCAUGGAGAGCAUCUCAACCAAGACUGCAGUUCACACACUCCGAGCUGAUCCAGAAUGGCCGCCUGCUGACACUGCCCCUAGUGGCAGGAGACCUGUACUCCUUGCUACCUGAUGAAGACAGUAGGCGUCUGUAUGUGGCCAUGAAAGAUAAUCUGCUGUCUACUAGUCUGGAUGACAUAACGCAGAACCCACGUAAGUUGUACUGGCCAGCCAGUCCAGACCGUGUCCAAGAAUGUCUUAUGGCUGGGAAGGAUCCAGAGUUGGAGUGUGCUAACUUCAUACGAGUUCUGCAGCCUUUUAAUCAGACUCACCUGUACGUUUGUGGCACUGGGGCCUUCAACCCCCGAUGUGCUUUCAUAGCUACCAGAGUCUUCCAACAGUCAGAGCACCAGACUCUCUCCUACAGCCAGACAGAGUGUGGGAAGGGGAAAUGUCCCUACGAUCCGUUCCAGAAAACAGCCUCAGCUGUCGUUGAUGGAGAGCUGUAUUCUGGGAUCACCUCAGACUUCAUGAGCCGGGACUCUGCCUUCUUCCGUAGUCUCGGCAGCCGUCAUGUCAUCCGCACCGAGCAGUAUGACUCCACCUGGCUGCAGGAUGCCCAGUUUGUGCGGGUAGCGCCGCUGUCUGAAACUGAUAACCCAGAUGAUGAUAAGAUCUAUGUGUUCUUCUCUGAACGUGCUCAGGAGGCAGAGGGGGCUGCUGGGAAGGUGCUCUACUCCAGAGUGGCAUGUGUGUGCAAGAAUGACAUCGGAGGCCAGAGGAGUUUAGUCAAUAAGUGGAGUACCUUCCAGAAGGCUCGUAUGGUGUGUUCAGUCCCAGGACCAGACGGCCUACAGACACACUUUGACCAGCUGCAGGACAUCUUUAUCCUCCACGGGAAAGACAAGAAGAACCCUCUCAUCUACGGCCUGUUUACCACUUCAAGUGAUAUCCUGAAUGGUUCAGCAGUAUGCGUUUACCGAAUGGGGGAUGUGGUUCGGGCUUUCAAGGGAAACUUCCUGCACAAGGAGGGACCUCAGUUUAAGUGGGCAGAGUUUACAGGCAAAAUGCCUUACCCACGACCAGGAACUUGUCCCAGCAGUACAUAUGGAAGUUACAGCUCUACCAGAGAGUAUCCUGAUGACGUCAUCUUCUUCAGCAGGACUCACCCGCUGAUGCAGGAAAAUGUGCUGCCGCUUGGAGAGCGCCCCCUCCUGGUCAGAGUGGGUGUUAACUACAAGUUCAGCAAACUGCUGGUGGACAGAGUGGAGGCUGUGGACGGCACCUACGACGUCCUGUUCAUUGGCACAGACUCAGGCCUCGUGUUGAAGGCCAUCCAUCUGCCCAGACAACACGGUCUGAGUCAGGAGGUCACUCUGGAGCAGCUGCAGGUCUUUCAGCACAAAUCACCUGUGACAGCCAUGACACUCUCAAAGAAAAAGCAAUGGUUGUUUGUGGGCUCCAGGGAGGGUGUGUCCCAGUUGGCCCUGUACCAGUGUGAGCUGUAUGGUCAGGCCUGCGCUGAGUGCUGCCUGGCCAGAGAUCCCUACUGCACCUGGGACGGACAUACCUGCAGCCCCUACAUGCCCACCGUACGCAGGAGGAAUACUCGUCACUUAGGGGAGGACGAGGAUCCACUAAGUCAGUGUGUCAGACAGGGAGCUGGGCUGCAGGUGGAGGCGGAGCAGAAGGUGAUGAUUGUUGCAGAGGGCAACAGCACCUACCUGGAGUGUCUGCCUCGAUCCAGACAUGCUGCUAUUACCUGGUACAAACAGGCUGGAGAGAACAGUCCUGAACUUAACCAGGUGGUAACAGGAGAUCAGCUGGUGGUGAUUGAGCGGGGCGUCCUGAUUCGUCAAGCUGAGCUGUCUCACAGUGGCAUCUACAACUGCCAGGUGGAGGAGCAUGGCUACCACUGGACUGCCGUCACUGUCCACCUCGCCGUCUGGAGCCCCUCGGCCAAUCGCCUCCUCACUUCCUUGUCCAGCUCGUCCUAUAAGAGUGCAGGAACCCAUUUCUGGUACGAGGACGUGAUGGCGCUGAUUCACCAAGGAAACCUCGGCCAGCACUGCCAGGCGCUGGGAUACCGCCCUCCGCACAACCACCGUCGUCACGGUGAUAUCAUGGUGGAGCAGAACAGGGAGAAAGAGAGGGGGGAGAGGCACAAGCACAGGGGAGGAAGAAGAGGAGGAGGGGGAGGAAGAGCGGCAGGGAGGAAGAGCAGGAGCAAGCCACAACAGAGGGCACCAAGGAGUGCUUGAACAGGAGGGCGGAUUUUCAGUGACUUAAAACACACACACAUUUAUGUUAACGUCCACAGUAACACACACACACACACGUGUACACACACACACACUUAACUUAUACACUAAGACAGCCAUAUACUGUAUGUACAGAGACUACAACAUGUGCAUGCACUUAUCUUCAAAUAAAAAGGCAUCCUUUCGUUAUAGUGACAAACUUUAAAACUAAGCUACACACAAACGACUGAAAUAUGAAUAGGAGGAUGUGAACAGCAAAGAUUGUUACACCUGGACAAAAGAUUUGUGAAUAUAAAAGAAAAAAUAGAAUACCUUAGGUGGCAUAGCAUGUUGAACUAGAAAAUUUCUCAAGAAAUGUUGAUUGUGCCUGAUGCUUAGUGCAUUUCUCAGCAAUCAGUAUGAGUGCUAAUAUCACAAGUAGUGCUAGUUUUUCUAGCAGUAUAGGUGUAUCAUAGAGGUUCAUAGUGAGGGAGAGAUAUGUCCUGCUAGGAGAGGACAAAAUGGCAUCAAACGCUAAAACUGGCUCCAUGAGAGGAGCCAGCAUGGAUAUUAGACUAAGAGUUAAGCAGUCUAAUUAGCCAAUCAUAGUCAGCUUUGUCCAUUUCUGCCCAGCGACUGCUGAGUCACUGGUUGCUAUAGUGACUGCGGCCUCCUGGGGGAGUGGAUAAGGUUAAGUUUGUGUCUCUGCAGACUGGAGACUUUAAAUGGGCAGGGUAACUGUCAGUCAUAUUUUAAUUUGGCCAAUCAUAGGCUUACAAUCCUGUCAAUCAAAAACAAAUUUCACCAAUAUGUCACUGAACCAGCUGUCAAUCAGUUUUUAAUUCAGCUAAUCAUCUUUCUCACAGGAGAAGGGGGAGGUUCGACACGAAGAAGCAAACUUGCAUUGUUUCUCAAUGUUUAGAUCCAAAGUUUUUGAGUUGGAAGUGGAAGUAGACAACUUUUCAACUAGCUAACGCUAGCUAACACUAUCUACUUAUCAACUCCCUGAUCAUAACAGAAUAUAGUAACUUUCACCACUGCUCAUUUUAGAAAGGCCACCGCAAGAAAACAUGUUCUUUGUUUAGAUUAUCAAACGGACAAUUGAUUAUAGAUGUUUGUUUCUGGCUGCCAGCAUUAGCUAGCGUAGCUAGCGAGCCUUUGUUUUCCCAGGAUUGUGCCCAGUGGGAGACCAGAAUUAGUGAAAGCAAGGCUUAUGGGGAACCAAUCUAAACACACACUAUAUAACAUAAACAAAGAACACGUUUUCUUGCAUUGGUCUUUCUGAAAUGAGCAGUGGUGAAAGUUACUAUAUUCAGUUAUGAUCAAGCUAUGAUAAGCAGACAUCAUAAACCAGCUAGCGCGCUAGCUAGUUCAAUAGUCAUCUACUUCCACUUUAAACAGGCACAUCAAUUGCGAACACAAGGCCAACAUUAUUUUAACAUAUAUAUAUACAAUAUUUAUUGUUAGCCUGCUGUAUCAUCACAACCUCCUCGGUUUAAUCAAAUGAAGCAUAAAGCAAUAAUGUUUACAAAGCAAUGGAAAUCCCUGUAGUAUACAAAGCAAGCCUAAACGAGUAGCUGCUGCAGCAGCGGUGUCUCUGACAAAGUCGGCGCAACUUUCCAAAUAGGUGUUAUCUGGAUAAACUGACCACAUAUUGGGAAUGGUUACUUUCUUUUUCUUCUUUUUAUGACAGUCCUACAGCGAACAGCAGUAGUUUUUGAUUGACAGACUGUGAUAAAACAAACAGGUUCAUAAAGAUGCUAUCAAGAAGAAGGGCAUCUAACCCUGAGCAGAAUCUGCGGGACGCACACCAGUCUCUCCCUCACCUGACGCUGAAGCUGCGGGCGCACUCUGGGCUCUCCCUUAUGGAAGUUUUUUGGCUUCUUUAUUCAAAUGGAAAUUCAUUUUGCAAUUGGCAAUUCAAUGUGAAAUUUGGUCAUGCAAUUUGAAAAUGCAUUUGGUAACUCAAUAUGCAAAGUGGCAAUGCAAUCUUCAAUUCAGUUUGAAUUAUUUUGAUUAAAAAUUUAAAUGAAAGCUCAAUCAAAGUUUCUUUAGUCUCUUUAUUCAAAUGGAAAUUCAUUUUGGCAUUGGCAAUUCAAUGUGCCAGCGAAUCAGCGCCCCCAGUCAAUUGCAUUAAUAUUUACUCGUUUACACAUUUUUUUGGUGUCAAGAUUCAAAUGGAUAUGCAAACUGUCAGUCCUCUAAUAAAGUCGGGUCUUCAGUUAGGA